CCUGUUCUCCCUUGCCGCCUUCGCCUUCCCUCCCUCCCUCAGCGCCGUACUCUCUCUGGAUUAGGCUCAGGCUUUUGGCUCUCGGUCCCUGGCUUGGCUUCACUGACAAGCAUACCCCUUACCUAGUCCGUCAUGGAGUCCGAUACUAGCUCUGUGAACGAGAAGCGUAGCGUGAACGGCGCUCAACCCCUGGAGAAACCCCAUGUCGACACGACGAAUGUCGAUGUCGCGGCGGAGCUCACAGCAGGCAAGGACUUCGUGCUCGACCCGGCAGAGGCCGCUCGGGUAAGGCGGAAGAUCGACUGGCACUUGAUGCCCCUUAUGUGCAUUUUGUACAUGAUGCAGUUCGCAGACAAGACGACGCUAGGACAGUCCGCUGUCUUGGGAUUGCUAAACGGCCCGAAGCAUUACAUCGACAAGGACCAGUUCAAUUGGCUAAGCACCGCCUUCUACCUCUUCUUCCUCGGGUUCGAAUGGCCACAAAACCUCGCGCUCCAAUAUCUACCUGUUGGGAAAUGGUUGAGCUUCAAUAUCCUCGUGUGGGCAAUCGCACUGCUGUGCCACACGGCCGCGAGAAACUUUGCCGAGUUCUUCGUGUGUCGUGCGUUCCUCGGCAUCUGCGAGGGCGCGAUUACGCCCGGAUUCCUGAUUGUCACGUCCAUGUUCUACACCCGCCAGGAGCAGACUCAGCGCGUCGGGUACUGGUUCCUCAUGAAUGGCUCAGCAAUCAUUCUGCUCGGUCUCGUAGCGUAUGGGACACUCCAUAUUCACAACGAUGUUCUGCAACCGUGGCAAUGGCUGAUGAUCAUCACCGGUAUUAUCACCUUUGUGGUCGCCGUGGCUUUCUGGUUCCUAUUUCCGGACUCCCCUGCCACCGCGUGGUUCCUCACCCCCGAAGAACGCAUCAUCGCGGUCGAACGUAUCAAAGUCAACCAGGCAGGUGUCGAGAACAAGCACUUCAAGGUCGAACAAUUUGUCGAGUGCCUGAUGGACCCGAAGACGUGGCUCUUCUUCCUCUUCGCUGCCAUCUCGAACGUGACAAACUCGCUCAGCAACCAGCGGCAGCUCAUCGUCCAAGGCUUCGGCUUCAACUCGCUGCAGACAACGCUCCUCGGAUGUGUCGAUGGCGUAGUUGAGAUCAUCGUGAUUUGGUGCACCGUUACCUCCGCGACGUACUGGAAGAAUGGCCGCGCCUACUCGGGCUUCCUCGCGUACUGCGUGGCAAUCCUGGGUUCCAUCCUCGUGAACACAUUGCCGUCGAGCGAUCGAGUUGGACUCCUCUUCUCGUAUUGGAUCUCCAUUACUUCCAUCGCGCCGUUCGUCGUCAUGCUCGCCUGGCUGGGUUCGACCACCGCCGGCCAUACGAAACGUUUGACUACGAACGCCAUCGUCAUGAUAGGCUAUGCUGUCGGCAACUCCGCCGGCCCGCAGUACUGGAAAGCCAAGUAUCAGCCGCGCAACCACGUCCCGUGGCUCAUCCUCUCCAUCUGUUGGGCCGUCUCUGCGGUCCUCCUCCUCGUUACUCGCUUUUACUUCGUAUAUGAGAACACAAAGCGCGACAGGGAGCCGCGUGACACCAAGUACGAUGAGGUGUACAUCUCUCAGACGCAAAAGGAUGGUACCGUCGUAGAGAAGAAGGUCGACAAGGAAUUCUUGGACCUGACAGAUAUGCAAAACCGCGACUUCAGAUAUGUCUUGUAAUCGCCCUGUUCAUCCAUGUCGCCGUCGGGAGAAGCCUUGGAAGGUUCUGUAUCACGCCUCGCAUGUUUUCGACGAGCUCCAUCAUCACGACUGUACGAUCUUGCUCGGCUGUUCUUGUUCGUCGCUGCGCUAUCUUAUUGUGCCAUAUGUAGCUUGGAUCCAGGAAUAAUAGCUUCGCAUCUCAACGUCCUCCGACUUUCAACCUCAUGCCGACAUUUCUUUAGUGGCGGAGAACGGACCGGGAUACGGAAGCGUUUUCUGGUUUUCGCUGUCGCAUCGCCAGUGCAUAGUCGCUCGUCUUGAAGGACGAGCGACUGGCCCUCGUGUCCGACUUCAUGCAACUCAGGGACUCGGGCUCUAUACAGGAACAUUCGCACCGAUGACACGCGAAUACAAUCAGCGCGCACGGUGCACCACUUCUUGCUUGUCGCGGCGUAGGUCUGGUGUGAUCUAGACAGAGACGAAGGCGGAGUGUUCUUCGGAGCGAGUGUCGUCGAGGAGUGACGAAUGAUCUCCGCUGGUACGUGGUCUGGUCUGACGAUUUCUUGAAAUGUGG